AUGGCAGAGAAAUUUGAAUCCGUGCAACUUUCAAAUCAAACCAUACAAAGAAGGGUUGUUGCUAUGGGUGAGCAAGUAGAAAACUCUAUGCUUAGCCUGGUUAAAAAAAGUUCGUAUUUCUCACUUUGUCUGGAUGAAAGCACUGAUCAAUCAGAUGUAAGUCAGCUGUUGAUAUUCGUGCGCACUACUUUUGAGGAUUUUACUAGUAAAAAAGAGCUAUUUGAUAUUUGUCCUCUUUAUGGAACAACAAAAGGAAAAGACGUCUAUGAGGCUUUGAAAAAAACAGUUGGCAGAAUUGGAGGCUUUAAUAAAUGUUCAGCCAUAGCAACAGACGGGGCCCCAUCAAUGACUGGUAAAAAAACUGUAUUAGUGGGUCUGCUUCAAGAGAAUGGUGUUACUUGUCCGACAAUACAUUGUAUUAUACUCGUACAUCAGGGAUCUUUAUGUGGAAAAUCAGUCAAGCAGGAUCAAGUUUUUCAGACCGUGAUUAAAAUUAUAAAUAUGAUUAGAGGUGGAAAUCGAUCCCUUUUACACAGGCAACUUAGGCAGUUUUUAGUAGAAACAGAGGCUGAGUAUGGAAACUUGCUAAUGUACAACCAUGUAAGGUGGCUGAGUGCAGGAAAGUGCAUGGAACGAUUUUUUUCCAUAAGAAAUGAAAUCCCUGCAUUUCUUAAUAAAUACGUUUUAUCCGACACAACUGAACAAGAAGAGAAGUUUCAGGAUCCAGAAUUCUUAAAACAGUUAGCUUUUAUAACAGAUCUGACUAAUCACCUUAACAGUUUAAACUUGAGUCUUCAAGGAAGAAACCAGACGGUUUCAGAUUUGGUCGGAAUAAUAAACGGAUUCUGGAAUAAACUAAACGUGUUUAAAUAUACUUUGGAAAAGAACAACCUAACACACUUCCCUAGCUGCCUGAAACUAGCAGAAGAACUCAACAGCGAGAAAAAUAUUGACUUUUCAUGCUGCAGUUCACAAAUUCAACAAGUUAUUAAUGAAUUCAAUACACGAUUUAAAGAUAUCGAAAGUCUCAAAAGCAGUGUACUGCUUUAUAAUAAUCCUCUUGGAGCAUACAUUGAAGAUCAACCACCUGACUUACAACUUGAGUUAUGUGACCUUCAAGCUGAUAUGUUUCUAAUCACCUGA